GCAUCGUCAAACAUCCGCUUCUUGGACCUUAUUGUAUUCCCCACACAUCGUCAAUCCGUUGGAAGACGGCUGAAUCCUUCUUUGGGCUUCACCUCCAUCUUCUCACCUGUGACGCUACCCCUCCUUUCAUGCUCAAAUUCUGUAUUUGGCUUCUUCUCGGGCUUGCUUCUCGGCCUCGGCCUGACGCCUUGUCUCAUAACUGCGCUAUGCAUCAUCCAUUUCCUAUUCAGGUUUUGACAUUCUCUUCAGCAGGUUCAUUCGUCUGCACUUUGCGUCAGGUGCUUGUCUGUCUGAGCACCCUUUUUCGGCUUCAUCCAUUCUCGUCUCAUUGCAUCUGCCUCCGACAAUAAGUCAGCUGCCUUCCUGGCUCGUUCCUCUUCAGCCGCUUUGCUUCCGCGUCACCUGCCUGCAUCACAGAAUCCUGAAAUUUCUGAAGCAGACGCCUCCCUCCCUGGUCAUUCAGCCAAGUACCAGAAACAUUCGCCAAAAGAGAGCUCAGCAUCGCUGCGGUAGGGUACUUCGUGACACGAAACUGAAAGUACAGACAAGCGCUCUGGACGAUGGAGACAUGAAUGGUCUGUUAGUAGUCAACAAAGUGGUUGUGCUGGUUGUUAUCCUUGAUUCUCAGCACGGACAAAAAACAUGCUGCAGCAGCAGCACCCCUGCAAGUCUGCGGCACGGCAGUUAUCCUAUCUCG